GUCCAGCAACUGUUCAAAUGGUUUCUCAAAACCGACCCCCACCAAUGCCGGUACCCGUACCAGUGCCACAGGGUCAGGUAGUGCAACCAUAUGUCAAUGAGAACGGUACCUUUACACACGUUGUGCUUUCGCCACAACAGUAUCAGCAACUACAUGCGGGACAAGGACAUAUACAUACGCCAUUUUUGACUACGAAUGGCACAUCACAUUUCUUUUCCGCAUUACCCGCUGGCUAUCCUCCCAAUGCCGGUGGAGCACCAACUCAUUAUCAUGCCAUGCCUGGCGGUCAUUUGCCACCACAACCACCGCCGCAACCGCAACCGCAGCCACAGCCCAAGCAACAACCGCAGCAGCAGCCACAACAAGCACCGUUGCCACCACCGCAACAACAAGCGGCACCACCGCAACAGCUGUCCCAUUCGCCGCACUCGCCGUCACCACCAUCGAACAGCUAUCACAAAGAUGAGCGCAGCCAACGUCAGCACACAAAACUUCUAAGAAAAUUGGAAAAGCAACGCGAAUUUAAUUCCGGUAUGUCUACACCAGCACAUUCGCCAUCGCCACGCAGAAAUGAUCAGAAUGGCCACUAUAAUAAUCACUCGUCUAAUACUAAUAACAAUAAUGUAAAUCAUCCAGUGCAAACUAUGGCUACAACUAACUCAACAGCUCAAGUGGCCACAAACAAUGGUAGCAACAAUAACAGUCACAAUCAUCAUGCCAAUCAUAAUCAGCAUCAUCACGUGCAACAGCAGCAGCAACAGCAGCAGCAACAGCAGCAGCAACAACAGCAGCAGCACCAACACCAUCAAAUGCAGCAGCAAUAUGUUAAUAACCAUCAUAAUAACAAUACGCGUCGCUCCUCAAACCAGCGGAACAAUACCGCUGCGCCAGUGCAACAUAUGAGCGGCAAUAAUGCUGGUGGCUUUAAUGUUGCUAAUGUUGCAAAUGUUGCAAAUGUUGCUGGGACUUCUGAAGAAGUUGAAGAAAUCGUAAGUGUAGCUGAAGAUGAGGCUGAUUAUCAAGCCACAAUCAUAGAACAAUUGUCAACAAUAAAAAAGCCGGAGGUUAUUGAUAUCACAUCACGUUCUGCUAAAAUCAUUUGGGAAAGUCCUACAAUAUCGGAGCCAUCAGUUAUAACAAAUAUCCGUGAUUUGCGUUAUACUGUAUUGCUCAGUGAUCGUGCUAAGGAAUCCAAGUAUAAAAGUCUCUAUAAAGGUGAUUCGUAUGAUUGUAUAGUGCAAGACUUGCAACCUGGUCAGGAGUAUCUUGUGCGUUUGCAAGUUCACUAUGAAAAAUUGCAAGGCUCUGUCUCUGAACCGACUGAAUUUGCAGUCCCACCGUGUGAGCCUGAUCAACCCACUCCACCAAAGCUAGUGAUGCGCACAAAAAAUUCAUUACAUUUGCGUUGGACAAAUCCAAUGUGCAAUGGUUCACCAAUUCAACACUAUUUGCUUGAGUAUGAUGAAGGCCGUACUGGCAUGCCAGCCUCUUCGCGUGCAGUGCGUCAACAAUGCGGACAAUUGCAUUUUGUUGAAGUUGUUAAAACCAAAGGAAAACAUUAUAUCCUGACCAAAUUGCAGCCAUCGACUAUAUAUAAUUUUCGCUUGGCAGCUAUUAAUGAAGUUGGUUCCUCUUUGUAUUCAUAUAUUUGCUCAUAUACAACAGCCGGCAAUCCGCCGUCUGCACCUAAGCCACCACAACUGCAGUCAGCAACUUCGAACUCAUUGCGUUUAUCAUGGGAUCGUCGUCAACAGGAAUGUGAUUUUCUGUUACAAAUGUUAAAUCGUGAAUCUGGUCAUGGUUACUUGGCAAUGUAUAAUGGGCCAGAAUGUUUUUAUGAGUGUUGUAAACUGCAACGUGCCACCGCCUAUCAUUUUCGUUUGCGUAUCGAAAAUGAAGCAGGUUUAUCACCUUGGUCAAAUGAAAUUACCUAUAGAACAGCACCUGAACGUCCAGGUAAACCUGGUAAACCACAUGUUAAAGGCAAAAUACAUGGUACCUACUUUAAAGUGCGCUGGGAUCCACCAUUAGAUACUGGUGGUGCUGACAUUUUACGUUAUUUCCUCGAAAUCACCUCAGGUGCAAAAUAUGAACGUGUUUAUACGGGCUCCGAAGCGGAAGCUACUUGUGAUCGUUUGCAUCCUGGCACUACAUACCAGUUGCGUGCUUCGUGCGAAGGUCCAGCAGGUGUAAGUCCUUUCUCCGAAGUCGCACAUAUAACUUCUGAAGCUAUUGUACCUGCUGCACCACCACCGCCGUACUAUGAUAAUUCCCCAGGUCCAUUUGCUGUUGUACUACGUCUUGCCAAACCUGACUACAAUGGUGGCGCACCAGUGCUAGAAUAUGAGGUGCAACUACGUCGACCAACAGAUACGCAAGAUGAUAAAAAAGAUAAAACUGAACAACCGGCCGUUGUAUAUCGCGGCAAAGAUGGCCAUUGUGUUGUAAAAGAUUUGCGUCCAGGCGUCGCUUAUGAAGUACAAUCGCGCGCUAUAAAUCGCAUUGGUGCAGGCGCUUGGUCUGCUUGGAUGGGAUUCUCUGCUGCUGCAGCGGCACCCAACAUACCAGAUGCUCCUAAAGUAACAAUUAAAUCAGCAACUCAUGUUCUUGUUAGUUGGAAGGAGCCUGAAUGCAAUGGCGCAAAAGUUUCCGAAUAUCAUUUGGAAAGUGCAGCUGUUGAUGUAAACGCUGAAACUGAUGAUGAAUCACCAUCAUCAGCAUUUCAAUCAUGUUAUAAUGGAUCCGUGAAUAGUGCUGAUCUACGUAAUUUGCUUCCACAUACUUCAUACUACUUUCGCGUUAAUGCGAGCAAUCCCGCAGGCGACAGUAAUUGGUCACCAAUGGUUAAUACCAAAACUCCAGCUGCUGUUCCUGCCGCUCCACAAAUCAAAGACUACGAAUUUACCGCCAACGAAGUGUCACUCACUUGGUCAGAACCACAAUGCAAUGGCUCGCCCAUAAUCGCAUACAACAUUGAAUACGUCGACCGCUCGAUUACCACAACUGACAAUGCCACCGAAUAUACAAUACCCAAUUUAACGCCUGAAACAACAUACAAGUUCCGUGUGCAGGCUGUAAAUGCAGUUGGCGUUGGACCAUUUUCCGCUUAUGCCAAAUUGACUACACUGCCUCCGCCGCCUGCUCCGCCAUCGCUUGAUUGCACUGGUGUUGGUCACAAUUUCAUAAAACUAAAGUGGGGCGAUGGACGCAAUCUGGACUUUACCAAAUUUUAUGUUGAAAUGUAUGUGCAACGCGCCAAAGAAUUCCAAGCUGUUUAUUCAGGCACAAAUUGCAUGUGUAAGGUGAACAAAUUGCAGGAACGUACCGACUACACAUUCCGUAUAUGCGCUGGUAACGAUCGCGCUGGCAUUGGUGAGUAUUCGCAGGAGUACGUAUUCACAACGACAGCUACCUUACCGAGCAGCAUAAAAGCACCUCGUGUUGCAUUUGAAGGCAGCGUUUGCCUGUUGGGCACUGGUGGUACUGGCAAUACUAAUUUCAUACCUUCUGGCCUAUUGCCAGAAACGCCUACAAGUUUUAUUGCUGGUCUGGGCAAUCUUUCGCUCGGUGUGCCGCUAACACUCGAAUGGCAAAAUUCGAAGAAUUCAUUCAGUGAUAAGGUGGAGUAUGUCUUGCAGUAUGCCAUUGGCAAGGAUGGUGAUUUUAAACAGAUUUAUCGUGGUAGCGAAACAAAGUUUACUAUUGAAAAUUUAGAACCCGGCACGUCCUAUCAGUUUCGCGUAUGUCCAAUACGUCUAACUAAUGCUGAUAAAGAUUUGCCGGGGCAAUAUACUACUGCAUUCCGAUAUCAAGUGCCACAAUUGCCAUCGAUCGAGGACAUCGAUGGUAAUCUACUGAAUACCGCUGUCGGUGUUUUCGGUGCCACCAAUUCUAGCAGCGCCAAUGCCUGUGGGUCGGCUGCUUUUCAUGGACAUUCCCAUCACCCACAUCAUCACGGUGGCCACCAUGCACAUCAUCCGCACAAUCAUUCGCAUCACAAUCAUCACAAUAGUCGGCAGCAUAAUGGACAAAAUUCCAGUUCAACUCGACAACAUCGUUCCAUUAGUGCUUCUGCAGCAGCUAAUAACAAUAACAAUGGUAGCGGCAACAAUUCCCUUGCAAUUGGUCUUAUUCCGAUUGGUUCUGCAAUGGCAAAUGAGUUAUCAGCCAACUUUGCUAGCUGUGAUGAUCCACAUCACCACCACCACCAUCAUCACCAUCAGUUCCACGGUGCAACUGGUGGUAGCGACAGUACUGAUGUUCCACAUUCAACAACAACUGCCUCAUUGCUCGCUGUUACUGCCAACACACUAUUGGCCAACAAUUCACUACUAACACAGGCCAAUGCGGCAAACCAUGCUCAAAACGGUGCUAUUCGUCGCUUCCUUGUCAAGCUAACAUCGCUAUAUACGAACCGUAAACGCUUCACCGAUCAAGAAAAGGCUGUCAUCUUUAUGGUUUCAUUUUUAUUCGUUACAUUCUUAUUUGCAACUUUAGUUAAAAUGUUUAUGUCCUAAAUAUUUAGCAAAAAAAAAA